AUGUGGUAAAUAUAUUUUUAAAUAAAGUUUGUGUCUCUAAAAAAAUGCAGCGAAACAGCAAUAUGGCGCAGACAGGCGCUCUCUUCUCACACAGCUGCCCAAUCGACUACCUCCUUUCCUGACAGCUGGCCAAUCGCAGAGCUUGCAUCAGGUUGAAAACUAUUCAACAUGGAGACAACAGUUGAAAAGCUGGAAGCGAUGUUCCUGAAGUCAAAGGCAGACCUGGAAUACAUUGACAAGCGACUGAAGCUGGACUUCAUCAACACUGCGGAGAAUGGAUGUCCUGAGGAGAAUCUGGCAAUAAUGCUGGAGAAUCUGAGAGUCAUCAAGGCCAAACACACAGUGCUGUGUUCUCAGGUGAAGGAGAUCACAGCUGCACAGAAAGAGUCAAUGGACUCCAUCAGAAACAACCUGAGCAGUGUCAUGGAGCUGAUCCAACACUUCCAACAGAGUACUGAUGUGGAGGUUGAGCCACUGACAGAGUCAGUGCAAGAGUCAGCAGAGUUCCUGAUUUCAACUUUGAUUGAGAACACAACAGAGGUGCCUCCUGUUGCAGUAGCUUCUGACCAUCAGCGGCUAUCAGACUGUGAGUGUGAGGGACUGAGUGAAGCACUUUUAAAAAUGGUUCCUCUCAGCAUACGCUCAAACAUAAAACUGGCUGACCUCAAUGUCUUCUACAAGCAGCUUCAGCAGCACUUCAGCAAAGACAACAGUCAUUCCAUCAGUGUGCAGAAGAUGAAGCAGUUGAAGAUGAUAGUGAGUGAUGCACAGCUGAAGGUACUGCAGCAUCUCUCUUUAAUUGAUGUGGACAUGAAAGGCCAAAUUCGUCUUAUUAUGUGAUAUGGAUUAAUAACCAGAGACUACUUCCACACCUCAAGUGUGGAGGAUAAGCAUUCUGAAGAGGCUUUGGGUACACAGCCAGACCAAAUGUACAGUAUCUAGACCACCAGAUCCUUGCCUAGAUGUUUGCCCACAAGAAUAAGUCAUAUUUUUUAGCCAAGAUGCUGUUUACUGUUGCAUUUUAGAUCUGUGUUCUGUUAACCUUCACUGUAGCCUUAGUAUUAUUUUCAGGGGCUGUUAAGUUGUCUUUGUAGUCAUUUAUCUGCCAUAAUGGACAUGGAUUUGUUAUUGAACUUCCAAACAUUUUUGGUACCGACCAAAAUGUGACAAUUUUUCAAUACUAAGUACUUAAAACUGUCUUAUAAUGAAAGAUUACACCUAAUGUCUAGUCAGAUCAGAUAUUCCAGAAGAAUUUAAUUUGGGUAUCCAUGCAAGUUUGUGAACAUUUCAUACCCAAACACUGUUGUUUGUUUUAAGUGACAUCUACUAUUCUUUUCUCUUACAGCUGAUAUAUUUAGUCAUUUAAGUUGUGAUGAAAGCAUGGGCAUAUGGUGUUGAAAAUUCUUGAUAAACAUCUUUAUAGAAAUCAUUGUUAAACAGACCAAGUAAAAUAAAAACUUUUACAAACAA